UCUUUGGCCUAGACGCCUAGUUGCUAAGGUCUUAAAGGUCAAUGAUUUUCCCUUGUUCAAAAGCAGUAAUGCUUUUUUGUCACAUUUCCUGGAGAGAGAGAAAAAGGGCUUUUUCAAAUGAAAAUGAUUCAAAUAGGUAAACUGGCUGAGGAAAUAAGAGGUUUCUGUAGCCCCAAAUCUGUAAUCUAUUGUUUCUUCACAACAAUGGAUCUCAAGAGCUCUAAGUACUCUCAAGCUUCUUCGCUAUUUUCAUAUAACAAGGGAGCGGCAUUUGAGGGCAAUGCAAGUUUCUGCAACAGAAAUAUUGAGAACUCAUUUGGCGAUAAGAUCCCUGAUCCACUUUGCAAGCUUAAUCUCAGAGAGACCUCUGAGUUUGUGAAGGCCUUUCCAAUGGCUAACAACGGCGCUGAAAGCAGAUGUGUGCUUGAGACUCCAACUCAAAGGAGACUAGAAGCUCCUCCAACCCCUGGUAGGCCUGUGUUCAGCUUCAGUGUUGGAAAUCUCCCUAGAAAGAGUUUCCCUUCCAAGUGGGAUGAUGCAGAGAAAUGGCUCAUCAACACCUCUUGCCAUGAUUCACCUGCCCAUUCUAUAAAACCUCCUGGAGCCCCAAGCUUCUCCAAACAAAAUAUGGUCUUUCAGCCGAAGACACAGGUUUUCUCAGAGAAGUCCAGGGUCACAGAGGAGGUGGUCUCUAGAUCAGCUUCGAACUAUCAUGGUUCCUUGUCGGUGGACCAUUCAGAAUCUGUUUUCAAUGGGGUCUCUGCAAGUGUACUUUUGAAAGAUAAGUUCACAGACGAUGUAGAGCAAAUCUUCUCCAGUUUCAGAUGCUCCGAAGCAAUGAAAAAAGGGUUUCUAUUCAGGAAUCCAGUCAGGGAGACCAUGAAAGAUGCUUCCUCAGAAGUGGUUCCUCAGGUUCAACACAGAGACACUGGUACAGAGAUGACACCUCUUGGGAGCUCAACCACUUCAAGAUGCCACACACCCAUCAAAAGUUCCUCCCCUGCUAGGCACAACACUCCGGCUAACAGGUCAGGCCCGUUGGGCUUGGGGUCUUCAAAUUCCAGCAGCAUUACUGAGCUCCAGGAGUGCCAUUUUGCGAAGCUUGAGUUUGGGACACAGUUUGAUUCAGUUGUGUCAAAUUGGAGCUCUAGGGAGGAGGAAGAAGAGGAAGUAUCAAAAAGCUUGAGAUAUUUUGAGACAGACAGUGGUUGUCCAAAGAGUAUUGCCGAGCUCAGAGCUUCUGCAUGGGAAGAAGAAGAGAAAACCAAGAGCUGUCUCAGGUAUCAGAGUGAAGAAGCAAAAAUACAAGCUUGGGUGAACCGUCAAAGUGCAAAAGCAGAAGCUCAAUCAAAAAAGCUUGAGGUGAAAAUACAAAAAAUGAGAGCAAAUCUAGAAGAGAAGCUAAUGAAAAGGAAGGCUAUGGUUCAUAGAAAAGCUGAAGAAUGGAGAGUAGCAGCCCAACUACAGCACUCACAGCAAAUCCAAAAAGGCACCGAUCAAGCACAAAAGAUGAACCAACAAAAUUCAUAUUUCUCGGACCACACCUCCUGUGGUUGCUUCCCCUGCAAUAACCACCACCUCUGAGAGAGAGAGAGACCAUUUUCAUCAAUAGUUCAAUCGAUUGUAACAGAAG